AUGAAUAUCUAUUUCAAUUUCUGGAUUCGAUUCAUAUUGUUGCAAAACAGACAAGGGAAAAAUCGUCUUGCAAAGUACUAUGUUCCUCUUGAAGAAUCUCAGAAGCACAAGGUUGAAUACGAGUAUGUGACCUCGUGUCUGGUUUUGUGUGCUUGCUCGUUCGAUAUGUUGUUCACAUUUGUAUAUACGGGAUGGGAAGGAACUGCCAAUGAUGCAAGAGUACUCAUGGAUGCCAUAUCGAACGAAGAAAACAAAUUCCCAAUGCCCAGAGAAGGAAAGUAUUAUGUUGUUGACUCCGCUUACACAAACAUGCCUGGGUUUCUGACACCUUAUCGUGGAGAACGGUAUCACUUGCGUGAUUUUAGGGGAAGAAGUCGACAAGCAAAUGGUCCUAUGGAAUUAUUCAAUCAUAGGCACUCCUCUUUACGUAAUGUUAUUGAACGUUGUUUUGGAGUAUGGAAAAGUAGGUUUCCAAUAUUGAAAUGCAUGCCAAAUUAUCCACUUCGCAGACAAAGACUCAUUCCCGUUGCAUGUUGUACUUUACACAACUUCAUUCGCUUAAAUUCAAGGAAUGACGAACUGUUUCGUCAAUUCAUGGCAGAAGAUCUUCUAGUGGCAGAUGAAGAAAGUUCAAGUACUGGUCAAGAAAGCACAGCAAUUGACAUUGAUGUAAGCGCAGCGAAUAUUGAGCUGAUGAAUAAUGUUAGAGAUGACAUAGCAGGGACAAUGUGGAUUUAUCAUCAACGCCGACAUCACCACCAACGCCUUUAG